UCGUCCGUGCAGUGCUCUUCAAAAUCCUAAGUCAUUGGAAGCUUUAAUUUUGUUGAGUAAUUCAAUUCUAUCACAAAAAUGGAAAGUAAUAAUGAGAUUGUGUUGUUGGAUGAGUAUGAGAGCAUGUAUGGGAUGAGGCCAAGAAUGGCACUGGCUUUGAAAGGGAUUGGCUAUGAAUCCAAGGAAGAAGAUUUGGAUAACAAAAGCCCACUCUUGCUCAAAAUGAAUCCAAUUCACAAGAAGAUUCCUGUUCUAAUUCAUAAUGGCAAACCCAUUUGUGAAUCACUCAUUAUUGUUGAGUACAUUGAUGAGGUUUGGAAUGACAAAUAUCCAUUGCUGCCAUCUGAUCCAUACAAGAGAGCUCAAGCUAGGUUUUGGGCUGGUGUCAUUGAUGCAAAGAUCUAUGACCGCCUGGUUGAAUGGGUAUUUAAAACCAAAGAUGAGAAUGCCAUUAAAGAAGAGAUUGCAGAGUGGCUGAAGCUGCUAGAAGGGGAGCUAGGGAAAGACACAUAUUUUGGAGGGGAUAAGAUUGGGUUCUUGGAUUUGGCACUCAUUUCAUUCUUCCCCUGGCUUCUGGCUUUCGAGAAAGAAGUAAACUUCAGCAUGGAGGAACUAGUGUGUCCAAAGUUGAUUGAAUGGACCAAAAGGUGCCUACAAAAUGAGACUAUCUCCAAAUGCUUUGCAGACCCUUUGAAGAUCUCUCAGAUGGUUCUGCAAAUGAGGAAAACCAAUGGCGUUAACUAAGUAGAAUUAUAUUGAAAAUCCUUAUUUCACUCUUAGUUGUUCUCUCAUCCAUUAUAAAAACCAACACUUUUUACCAUGCAAAUGGAAAGAAAUGAUCACAAACAAAUCAUCUUUGAACCAUUAAAUCUUCAACUAAUUAAAAAAGACAACAUCCAUUCCAUUCUUGUCUCUCAAUGCAAGUUUGCAGCAGUGUAAUAUACACUAUACAAAACCAAUUGUUUACAUAAUACAACAAAAAGCCAAAAAAAAAAAAAAAAA